AUAGACAAAUUGGACAUUUGGAUAUUGGCCUAAGAAAUUUAGCAAGUUCAUUGAGAGGAUAUGUUUUUCCUGAAAUCAAUUUUAUAACUUCGGGAUACGUGAAGAAGAUCAAUAAAGAAUAAGUGGAAAAACUGUUUCACUAAGGGUAUGUUCUAUAACAUAUUAAAUUUUUUUAAAAUGUCAACAUAACUUAUUCUCUCAAACAUGUCAUUUUUAAAUUUUUGGACAAAAACAACCCAUCCCUAGCAUUAAACACUCUUUUCCCAGCCAAACUCUUAUUUAUCUCAGUAUUUUCUCUCAACCGAGCAGAGACACUCACCAUCUCUCUCAGGCGAAGCGCUCUCUCUCUCCUCACAGUCGUUGUCGCCACUUUCUUCUCCAUUGCCGGCCACGGUAAGGCAGUUGUUGUGGUUUUUUUUUUAAAAAAAAUUGAAUCGUAAUGUAUAAAUCGAUGAAAUGAAUUUGAUUUUUAAUCUUUAUUUUGCAAAAAUGUAGCUUAAAAUAGGUUUGAUUCUAUGUGCAUCAUUUUGGAAGAUUAUGUUUACAUUAUGCAAAAUUUGUGGGUCGAUGUUCAUUCGAUUCCACAUCGAUGUCAUUUCGAUGCUUCAUCGAGAGUAAUUCGAUGACAUACAGUGCAUGUGCAGAUUUUUAAAAUAUUGAAAAGUUGUUCAUCGAUGCGCAAUCAAUGCUCCAUCGAUAGUAUUUCGAUGGACUAGUAAAUGAAGGCGAUAGUCCAUCGAUGGUAUAUCGAUGUCAUUUGGAUGGUUGCAUGGUUUUCAUUUUUUUGUAUAAAAGUCGAUGAAAUUUCGAUGCUAUGUCGAUGGCUUUUAUAUGUUUAUUCGAUGCUCCAUCGAUGCUAUUUCGAUGGUAUAUCGAUGGUUGUUAGAGCACAUGAAUUUGAUGGUGAUGCAUCGAUGUUUAUCCGAUGCUAUGUCGAUGCGAUGUCGAUGACUUUUAUAUGUUAUUCGAUGCUCCAUCGAUGGUUGUUUGAGCACAUUAAUUUGAUGGUGAUGCAUCGAUGGUUAUUCGAUGCGAUGUCGAUGACUUUAUAUGUUUAUUCCAUGCUCCAUCGAUGCUAUUUCGAUGACAACAACAGACAACAACAAACUGAGUAUUUUUUGUAAAUUCAAUUAAUUCUCUUUUUUUGUUGUUGGAUAUUUUGUAGAUGCCACCCAAACGUAUCCCACCGCUUGAGGUCCCUAUAGAGGAUCAUUAUGUCGGUCGUAUGACCUAUAGGGGUUUCGGGAGGUUAACAAAAUUGAAGAAAAGAUUUGAGGAGCAUGGAUUGUUGGGGAGGGUGAAUGAGUCUGUUUUUGGACCAUUCUUCACAGCCCCUGCCUUUUCGUUCUCUGGGGCAUUGGUGCACACACUGCUUUUGCAGAAGGUCAAGUCUCCGCGUGGUGAUGAGGUGCACUUCUUGAUGGGCCCAAACUUAUGUAAGUUUGGGGUUCACGAGUUUGCCAUUAUCACUGGCCUGAGUUGCUCCUGUCCACCACUUGCCGUUGACAUUCAACCUCACAUUACUUCCUCCCGCCUAGUUGAUACAUAUUUCAGUGUGGAACCCGAGAAAGACAUUAGGUUCAGUAUGUUGGAACGAGCUUUUAGUAUGUGCGAUGUACCUGAUGAUUUGUACAAGCUCGGUUUGGUUUACUUUGUGGAGGGGAUACUAUUGGCCACUGAGAACGAAAAUGCUAUUUGGCGAGAUUCAUUGUCGAUGGUCGAGGAUUUAGAUUAUUUUGAGAAGUAUCCGUGGGGAUCCCUUUCAUUCGAUACAACUGUGAAACAAUACCAGGUAAGAAGGCGAAGAAGAUGACUGAGGUGGAGUCUUCUAAGGGUGUUCAGGUGGAGGCAAAGUACACUUGCAAGGGGUAUCCACCAGCCUUGCAAUAUUGGGCAUACGAGACAAUUCUUGAUUUAGAGAAGGAAUAUGCCAAGCCCUGUGGAUUCAAGUUCUCUAGGAUGCUACAGUGAGAGAGCACAGGCUAGCCGAAGCAUUUGCAUUUGAAGGAUGUACUUGCGAGGAGACAUUUGUCAUGCAUUUCUAUCCUAAGGUCUCAACCAAAUGAGCGAGACUUGUUCGAUACCAUAUAUCAGAGGACAGAGGGGGAUGCUCCUAGGUAUGCGAUGCUGCAGGAUAUGAUCCAGCCUGCACCAGAGGAUGGAAGACCUUACGAUCCUGAGGCAGAGGCUGCUGCGGUAUGAGAUAGCCGUGGCGGCUGGCAUAUUUGUGGAGGAUGCCCUAACAGAGACUGCUCCAGAUACUAGUGCAGAACCUACUUCUGCUCCUGCUCCUGAGGCUUAUGAGGUUGUGUUGGGUGAAAUGGCCAGACUAUCAGGUGUAGUGGACGAGGUUAAGGCCACUUUAAGAAUCGUCCUUAAAAAUCAAGAAGUCAUAUUAGAGAAGCUGGCAACACUAGGUGGUAUACCUACUCCUGCACCUACUCUUGCACCUACUCCAGCAGAGGAUGUAGAGUACGACAUUCUCCCCACAUGUUACGAGCCUCCUGUUGGAGAAGCCACACCUUCUUAGCCAGUGCAGACAGUCUUAGGUAAACGCACUAGACAGAGACCAGUAAGGUACGAGGACUAUACUCCAGCAGCCAAGAAACCAAAGGUCAAGGACCCAAUUACGAUCCUUCUUUUAAAGGUGUUGGAUCAAGAUAUGUUGACAACUUUUAACCGAUGGGUACUGGGUGAGAUUGACAACAGCAGACUGAGGAAGUUGGAAUGUUGUGAUGGGACCCCUGUUUGGUUCUUGAAGUUGAAGGUGGCAAAAGAAUGGUUGGCAGAAACUCAUCUCGACGCUGCGAAUUAUCUUAUACGGAGACGUCUUUUUGAGUUGCCGAAGACGUACCCCGUGAAAGCCACCGUACUUGAUUCAUCAUUUGCACAGUAUAUUCCUGCUAGAUAUGAGGAAUUCAAGAACAAAAACAGGACUUACGAAUGGGACUCGAACAUUCUUAAUUUCGUGAAAGGAGAUGCUAAAAAAUACAAGAAGCCUUGGGGUGAUUGCAACGAGGUCUACUUCCACUGGUGCUUGGAAAAUCGGCAUUGGGUCUUUUGCGAAAUAAAUAUCACUGAUUGGAUGAUCACUGUAUUUGACUCAGAUCAUUCCAACUUUAGCCAUAAUAAGUUGUCUGAGUUGAUCGAACCUUGGAGUAGGAUGCUUCCAUCUUUACUCAACGCUUCUGGUAUGUUUAAAGGACACCCCAGGUUGAAAAUAGCUAGACCGAAGAUCACCGUUCCAAACUUUGAUUGGCGGCGCAUGUCCACUGAUAUUGUCCCACAGUCUAAAACCAGAGAUUGCGGCGUAUUCGCCAUCAAACACUUGGAGUUUAUUCUUAGAGACAUUCCCUUAUCAUAUGCCAUUGAGGAAAACAUUCAGUACUUCAGGGAUAAAUUAUGCAUCGACAUUUUUUUAUGAGAAUGUGUACCCUUGAUGUUAGAACAUUUAUUUUGAUUUCUUUAUGUUAGAACAUU